AGAGAAAGGAUACGAUUGACAAAUAAUUAACAAGGAUGAGCGCACAGCCAAGCCCUUGCAUGAAUCCGCAGCAGCAGCAACAACAGCAGCCUACGGAACAAGAAAAGGUUUAUCAAUGGAUCAACGAGCUGGCUCAUCCGGAUACCCGUGAAACGGCGCUGCUGGAGCUGAGCAAGAAACGUGAAACGGAUUUGGCGCCGAUGCUUUGGAAUAGUUUUGGCACCGCUUGUGCUUUACUGCAGGAGAUCAUAAAUAUAUAUCCAUCGAUAGCACCUCCUACUCUGACAGCCCAUCAAUCGAAUCGCGUUUGCAAUGCAUUGGCAUUGCUGCAAUGUGUCGCCUCGCACCCGGAGACGCGCACCGCCUUUCUGCAAGCCCAAAUCCCACUUUAUUUGUAUCCAUUUCUAUCGACCACAUCGAAAACGCGUCCAUUCGAGUAUCUGCGUUUGACGAGCUUAGGCGUAAUUGGUGCUCUGGUCAAGACUGAUGAACAGGAGGUGAUUACAUUUCUGUUAACCACCGAAAUUGUGCCACUAUGUCUCACCAUCAUGGACAGUGGCUCGGAGCUAAGUAAGACUGUGGCCACAUUUAUAAUACAGAAAAUUUUGCUGGACGAAUCGGGAUUGUCAUACAUCUGUCAGACCUAUGAACGUUUCUCUCACGUAGCCAUAACGCUGGGCAAGAUGGUUAUACAGCUGUCGAAGGAGCCCUGUGCGCGCCUAUUAAAGCAUGUCGUACGCUGCUAUUUGAGACUCUCUGACAAUACACGCGCACGCAAAGCCUUGGGUCAGUGUCUGCCCGACCAGCUGCGUGACGGCACUUUUACUCAAUGUUUGCAAGACGAUAAGUCCACCAAACAAUGGCUGCAGAUGCUCAUCAAGAAUUUGGAACCAAACUCCGCACAGCCGCCAGGAGCUGAUCCGCGACAGAUUGGCAUGUCGCCAUUGGGUAGCUAAAUCAGCCGCAGGAACAGCAAGAACAGCAGCAGCCAGUCUCCCAAUUUUGUUAGUUUAUCAACCUUAAUUUUGUUAGAUUAAGAAAGAAAGUUUGUUGAAUAUGGAUGUGGCCCAUGCAG